CCAGUAAUUCCCAGUGUGGUUGUCGCCUAGAUGGCUCUCUUGUAUUAAAGCCCGCUUGACGACAACGACGACUCCUCAGCCCGCCUCUGGACCUUGACCUAAUCCCAAUUGAUGUACAGAUCGCUUUCCUCACCAGCUACAUAUCAAAAAAAAAGAACAAAUAUCCUAGACAAGGAAGACAACAUUAUUAGAGAUUGUAUGGGCAGGAUCGACUUCUGGAACCCAACAAAGUAUUAGAAUCACAUAGACCAUGGCUCCCAGCGGCCAGCAUCGGACAUAUGGCUCGCUCACCUCCUCCCCCGUUCUUUCCUUCCUCAUUAUACCAUUCCUCGUUUUCUUCUUGAGCUUCCCUGCCCUAGCCGCGGCUGCGGGUUCCGCAGUCCUCGGUAUCGAUGUCGGCACCGAAUAUCUGAAAGCUACGCUCGUCAAACCCGGUAUCCCUCUUGAGAUUGUCCUCACCAAAGACUCGAAGCGCAAGGAGUCUGCCGCCGUUGCGUUCAAGCCUACCCGUGAAGCCGAUGCCUUGUUCCCCGAAAGAUUCUACGGCGGUGACGCCCUGGCGCUGGCAGCACGGUAUCCCGACGAUGUAUAUUCGAACCUCAAGUCUUUGCUCGGAGUGCCCUUCGAUGAAGAGAGUGAGGUAAUCAAAAACUACCAUGCUCGCUAUCCUGCAUUGCGGCUGGAAGAAGCCCCCGGAGAUCGUGGCACGGUUGGACUGCGGAGCAACAGACUUGGAGAGGCCGAGAAGAAGGACGCCUUCCUGGUCGAAGAAAUUCUGGCCAUGCAGCUGAAGCAGAUCAAAGCCAAUGCUGACAGCCUGGCUGGAAAGGGGUCCGACAUCACGGAUGCGGUGAUCACUUACCCUUCGUUUUACACCGCUGCGGAGAAGAGGAGUCUGGAAUUGGCGGCGGAACUGGCAGGGUUGAACGUUGAUGCCUUCAUCAGCGACAACUUGGCUGUCGGAUUGAACUACGCAACCAGCCGCACUUUCCCUAGUGUUUCGGACGGACAAAAGCCCGAGUAUCACAUCAUCUACGAUAUGGGUGCCGGUUCUACUACGGCCAGUGUGAUUCGCUUCCAAAGCCGUGCCGUGAAAGAUGUAGGGCGGUUCAACAAGACCGUCCAGGAGGUCCAAGUUCUGGGAACCGGCUGGGACAAGACCCUCGGAGGAGAUGCGUUGAACGAUCUAAUUGUUCAGGAUAUGAUCGCAACCCUGAUCGAGGACAAGAACCUCAAGGACCGGGUCGGAGCGGCUGAUAUUCAGGCCCACGGAAAGACCAUGGCAAGACUUUGGAAGGAUGCAGAGAAGGCGCGUCAAGUUCUCAGUGCCAACACUGAGACAGGUGCCGCGUUCGAGAGCCUUUACGAGGAGGACCUUACCUUCAAAUACCGUGUCACCCGUGCCAAGUUUGAAGAACUUGCGGAGCAGCACAUCGCCCGUGUCGGAAAGCCUUUGGAGCAAGCUUUGGAGGCUGCUGGACUGCAGCUGAGCGAUAUUGACUCCGUUAUCCUCCACGGUGGUGCCAUUCGCACGCCGUUCGUCCAGAAGGAGCUGGAGAGGGUCUGCGGAUCUGCGAACAAGGUUCGGACCAGUGUCAACGCGGAUGAAGCUGCAGUGUUUGGCGCUGCUUUCAAAGGAGCCGCUCUCAGCCCCAGCUUCCGUGUCAAGGAUAUUCGAGCAAGCGAUGCCUCUGGCUAUGCUGUCUUGCUGAAGUGGACCUCCGAGUCUAAGGAGAGACAGCAGAAGCUUUUCACCCCUACUUCUCAAGUCGGCCCUGAAAAGCAGGUUACUGUGAAGAACCUGGAUGACUUUGAGUUCAGUUUCUACCACCAGAUUCCCACCGACGGAGGUGUCGUCGAAUCGCCGAUUCUGGGUGUGAAGACGCAGAACCUCACUGCAUCUGUGGCCAAGCUCCAGGAAGAGUUUGGCUGCUCAUCUGCCAACAUCACCACCAAGUUCGCCAUCCGCCUGAGCCCCGUCGACGGCCUCCCCGAAGUUGCCAGUGGUUCCGUCAGCUGUGAAGUCGAGUCUGCCAAGAAGGGAAGUGUUGUCGAGGAUGUUAAGGGAUUCUUCGGCCUGGGCAAGAAGGACGAGCAAGUGCCUCUUGGAGAGGAAGGCGAACCGAGCGAGUCAAUUACCCUCGAGCCCGAGGAGCCUCAAGCUGCCACGACUUCCUCGGCGGACGAUGCUUCCGCCACCGCAUCUUCCAAGGAAAGCAAGAAAAACACCCCCCAGACCAAGCUGGAGUCUAUUUCCAUCAGCUUCAUCUCGUCCCCCUUGGGAGUCCCUGCUCCUACCGCAGAUGAAUUCGCUCGCAUCCAGAGCCGCCUGACUGCCUUCGAUGCCUCGGACUACGACCGUAUCCUGCGCGAGGAGGCCCUGAACGAACUGGAAUCUUUCAUCUACCGCAGCCGGGACCUGGUGGACGACGAGGAAUUCGCCAAGGUGGUGAAGCCCGAGCAGCUGACCACGCUGCAGGAGAGAGCCUCUGCUGCGAGUGACUGGUUGUACGGCGACGGUGAUGAUGCAAAGACCGCCGAAUUCCGGGAGAAGCUGAAGUCUCUGAAGGAAAUCGUCAAUCCCGCCCUCAAGAGGAAGAAGGAGAACGCGGAGCGCCCUGCCCACGUCGACCUGUUGCAGCGAGUGCUGAAGAACGCCGAGUCUGUUCUCGACGUCAUGAAGCAGCAGAUCCAGCAGGAUGAGGAUGUUCACUCCUCCAGCAUCGCGGCAUCCAGCUCUUCUUCCACCACUGUGUCCGAGACAUCCACAACCUCCACCGAGUCCCCUUCCGCCGACCCCUCGGUCGACUUGGAUGAAGAUCCCUAUGCAACCUCCUCUACCACCACCCAGACCGCCUCUGCCACCACCACCCCCAAGCCCAGCGGACCGAAAUACUCCAUCUUUCAACCUUACGACCUAACCAGUCUAUCCAAGACCUACGAAUCGACCAACACCUGGUUCGAAACCCAGCUUGCCCUCCAAGAGCAGCUCACCGAAACUGACGACCCGGCCCUCACCGUCGCGGAGCUCGACACCCGCAUCAAGGAACUCGAGCGCAUCCUCAACCGUAUCUACGACAAGAUGGGCGCCGCGGCAGCCAAGUCCGGAAAGGACCAAAGCAAGAAGACCAACAACAACAACAAUAAGUCCAAGGAAACCAAGAAGGACAAGGAGAGCGACAAGAAGACCAAGGCCAAGGAAGAACAGAAGAAGGCCAACGUCAAGGACGAGCUGUAAUCUCAUAUCCUACAUGCACACACAUAAAUGUUUUGUACGGAAUAUAAAAGAGAAAAAGGUAGGGAGUUCGGAUUGAGCGU